UAAACCUUUGUAUCCGAACGAAUGUCAUCAACGGGCGUGAAGUGAUGACGUUAUUUCUAGUAGACUCGCUAGACCUUCGCUUGUAGUUCUUUAAGAGCAAUGUAACUGCUAAACUGUUUACCUAGAUAGAAACAACAAUAUGCUUGGAUGGUAUAAAGCAAAACGUUUCCAGUGCACAAAUGGUUGCCUUGAAGUGUGUUCCUGAAGUUUUCUGUGAUGGGAGACUGACAACCUUCGUGCAGACAUGAUUCGGAUUGCAGCUCUGAAUGCUGUCUCAACAGUUGAAGAUGAGCAUGAAGAGACUUUUAAGAAUCACAAAACUCAGACUAAGGAGGCCCAGGAGGCCGAAGCCUUUGCUCUGUACAACAAGGCCUUAGACCUUCAGAAGCGAGACCGUUUUGAGGAAUCUGCCAGAGCCUAUCAGGAGCUCUUGGAUACAUUCCUGCUGAAGGAGGCUGUACCAUCCGGUGAUGAGAAGGAGGGGUUGAAGCACCCUGGUUUGAUGCUGAAGUAUUCUACCUAUAAGAACUUGGCCGGUCUCGCAGCGCAGAGGGAUAACUUUGAGACAGCCAUGGAGUUUUACCUUGAGGCUGUAAUGCUGGAUUCCACAGAUGUCAACCUAUGGUUUAAAAUCGGCUGUGUAGCUCUGAAGCUCAUCCGUCUCCCGCUGGCUCGACAUGCGUUUGAAGAAGGACUGCGAUGUAACUCUGACCACUGGCCUUGCCUUGAUAACCUUAUCACUGUCCUGUACGUGCUUAGUGACUACACAUCCUGUCUUUAUUACAUAUGUAAAUCUUUGGAAAAGGACUGUAUGUACAGCAAAGGGCUGGUUUUGAAGGAGAAGAUCUUCGAAGAGCAGCCUUGUCUUAGGAAAGAUUCUUUACGCAUGUUUCUAAAAUGUGAUAUGUCUAUUCAUGAUGUGGAUGUAAAGACAGCAGAAGCUAAGAAGAUUGUGGAUGAUGCACUGGAGCUGCGCAGGAAGAGGCGGGCAUUGGUGGUGCGAGAAGAGGAACCAGAUUUGAAACUCGUCCACCCUAUACCUUAUUUCUCCUGGAAAUGUUUGGGAGAAAGCUUGCUGGCCAUGUACCAAUACCAAACGACGUGCGAGCCCCCACAACCUAGCCUGGGGAAAAGGAUUGACCUGUCAGAGUACAAAGACCCAGCCACAGCAUUACUCACAGUUCCUGUGUCCACUCCUGUCAGUGUUAUCCAGGCAAAUCCUGUUGUUGUUAACCCAGUGUCUGUUGUGACAGAACCAGCCUCUACAAUCACUAUGGUGCCUCUGGGUCUCUCUGUCCAGCACCAGAACAUACUAGAAGCUGUUACAGUGACAGAUAUAUCUGUGGGUGGCGACAAAACAAAGAACAAAGCCAAACGGAAGCGUGUAAUAGAGGACAGCUGUGAGACAGCAAAGAGGCGGUCUGCUCGUGUUAGGAACACAAAGAGUAAAAAGGAAGAAAAAAUAGAUUUUCAGGAGUUGCUUGUGAAGUUUCUACCAUCCAGACUGACAAAGUUGGACCCUGAGGAGGAAGAGGAUGUAUUCAGGAGCUACGAGGUCCCAUCAGAAGUUAAACCUGAGAGCAUGCAACAUAGUGGCCUGCAUCGCACAUCUUUUGACAGCUCCACCUUCAUGGAAUCUGAGAAACAAGAUGUUCACGAGUUUCUACUGAACAAUAUGAACAAUGGUGGUAUCCUCGAGCUGAUGAUGCGUUACUUGAAGGUGGUUUGUCAGAAGUUUUUAGUAAAAUGGCCACCUGGCUUGGCAGAAGUGGUUCUCACCAUUUACAACAGCUGGAGGAAGUACUGCAGUACCUUACCGAACCCUCUACUGAGAGACUGUAGCAACCAGCACAUCAGGGAUAUGAUGGUGAUGAGUCUGUCCUGUAUGGAGCUACAGCUGGACCAGUGGCUGCUGACCAAAAGCAAGCAUUCAGCAGUGUCUGCUCGACAGUGCUCCAGUAGCUCAUCAUUGGCUCAGCUAGGCCCACAUUUCCCAGGUGCUCACUACACAGGUGACCUUCUGCAGCUCUCUUUUGCCUCCUCACAGAGAGAUUUGUUUGAAGACAGAUGGUUGGAGUUUGUCUUGCGACUCUACUGGUUGAAAGCACGUUUCUUGACACUACAGGCUGAUAUGGAGCAGGCUUUGGAAAACUAUGACAUUUGCACUGAAAUGCUAAGAAGUUACACUACAUCAAGUAUGAAUACUACCAGUGAGAGCGAAAUCACCAUUAGGAUGCCAAAUCUACAUGUCGACUCCACCAUUUCACUGGAAGAGAUUGAAAAGAAACUUAGAUCACUGGAGAGAUGUCAGUCCUUUGAAGAGAUCCAGCGCUUGCAUGAAGCAGGAGACUAUGAAGCAGUGGUGAAGUUGUUACGUUCGACCUUAAGCUUUGGAGGUUAUAGCAGAGUAAAACAUCUGGAAUUUGUUACUUCAAUACCAGAACGUCCUGCACAGCUGCUGCUUCUACAGGACUCCCUAUUGAAGUUGAAGGACUACAAGCAAUGCUUUGAAUGUUCAGAAGUUUCGCUGAAUGAAGCAUUCCAGCAGCUAAAUAACAUCAUAGCAUGCUCAACAAAGGAAGAGUGGGUUACUACAGUAACCCAGCUACUGCGAGGGAUCGAUGACCUGCUUUCAGCUGACAGUAGUAUUCUGAAGGACUCUUCUCUAACGCCUUGCCUUGUCCGCCUAACAAGCAAUCUUAUACAGUUGAUUGACUGCAGCAUGGCUGUCCCUGAUGAGCCCAAGGAACCAUACGUGUCCUCUGUGCUUCCAUGGAUUAUCCUGCAUCGUAUUAUUAAACAUGAAGAAGAGACCUUUACUUCCCUUCGUCGCCAGCAGUUGAGCACCACAAAGCAAGAGGAUGAACUAGACAGCCCAAUGCUUCCUUCCUCCCUCAUGCUGCUGAACACGGCCCAUGAAUACUUGGGACGGCGAUCCUGGUGCUGCAAUUCUGAUGGUGCCCUGCUCAAGUUCUAUGUUCAUGUUUUACAGAAGGAAUUGACAGCUUCCACCUCAGAAGAUGCCCAUCCAUACAAAGAAGAGCUGGAGACGGCCUUGGAGCAGUGCUUUUACUGUUUGUAUGCUUACCCAAGUAAAAAGAGCAAAGCGAGGUACUUGGAGGAGCAUUCCACUCAGCAGGUGGAUCUGACUUGGGAUGUGGCUAUGUUUAUGUUUGAGUACUUCAAACCCAAAACGUUGCCUGAGUUUGAUAGCUAUAAGACGAGUACAGUGUCUGCCGACUUGGCAAACCUUUUGAAGAAGAUCGCUACCAUCGUUCCUCAGACUGACAAGCCUCUUCUCAGCCUGGAAAAUGUAUCUGCGUACAUUGAGAGAACUUCUGACAAGGUCCCUUCAUUGCCUGAGGGAGCUGACCGCACACCUUCAAUGCUGAAUGAACUGUAUUAUCUCCUGGCUGAUUAUCACUUUAAGAACAAGGAGCAGUCCAAGGCCAUCAGGUUCUAUAUGCAUGACAUUUGUGUCUGCCCAGACAGGUUCGAUUCCUGGGCUGGUAUGGCUUUGGCAAGAGCUAGCCGCAUUCAAGACAAACUGAACUCCAAUGAAAUGAAAAGUGAUGGUCCAGUCUGGAAGCACUCUGUACCAGUUCUGACCUGCUUCAAACGGGCAUUAGAGAUAGACUCCUCCAACCUUUCCCUCUGGAUUGAGUAUGGCACGAUAUCCUAUACGUUACACUCCUUCGCAUCUCGACAGCUAAAACAAUGGAGAACAGAACUCCCACCUGACUUGGUGCAACAGAUGGAGGAACGACGAGACAGCAUGCUGGAGACUGCUUAUCAGUGCUUCAUAUCUGCAUCACGCUGUGAAGGCGAUGGUGAUGAGGAAGAGUGGCUUAUCCAUUAUAUGCUGGGAAAGAUAGCAGAAAAACAGAGACAGGCACCGUAUAUAUACCUUCAGCACUACAGGCAAGCAGCACACUACCUACAUGAAGAGGCUGCGAGAUAUCCCAAGAAAAUUCACUACCACAACCCACCAGAGCUUGCCAUGGAGGCACUCGAGGUGUAUUUUCGAUUGCAUGCCUCCAUCCUGAAGUUACUAGAAGACGAUGAUGUCAACACUGACUUGGAGAUGCUGUUUGGCUUCAUGAAGGAUGCUGCUCAAGGACCCUUUGCCAGGGGUGAAGAGAAGAACACCCCAAAAGUUGUAGAGAAGGAGAAGCACAUGAAUGAUGACGAUUCGCACUCCUCUUCUGCCGAGACUGUGCAGGGCCCUGGAACUUCCCUCCCCUCAUGCUCGUCUGGUCCAGGUCUGACAUCUCCACCUUACACAGCCACUCCGGUUGACCACGAUUACGUCAAACGUAAAAAAAAACGCCAGCAGGCGACACCGGACGAGAGGAGUCAAGACAGUGCUGCAGUUGUGCACUCUGAUUCCAGCUCGACCCAGGACACCUUUACUGAUGUCACUAGCUCACAGGACAGCGGGAAGAAACUGCCCACAGUUGUGUCUGUACCUCAUUCUGCGGAAUCACUGUCAGAAAAUCAGGGCCCUGCCCAGGAAGCAGUAAAAUUAGACGAAUCUGUAGAGCCCAACAUUAUUGAGGAACUAAAGACAUUGGCUAUGCAGGUUGCUGAACUAGACAGUUCAAAGCCAGUUACCGAUUCUCAAAGCCAGCCAUCAUCUGGGCUUUCUGCUAAAACCCAGGCAAAUUCGUCCCACUGUGAAGUGAAGAAACGGACAGAAUCAGUAGGUGACAUACCUGAAUUUCCAUCUAGCUUUCCUGUGGACAGGAAGGAACAGCACAAACUGUUGACGGACUGGUGCAUUGUUGCUCUACGUUUGUGCCUGAAUCGCUUCCCACAGCACUACAAAAGCCUGUACAGACUUGCAUACCUUUACACCUACAGCAAGACCCACAAAGAGCUGCACUGGGCCCGAGACGUGUUGCUAGGCAGCAACUUACCGUGGCAGCAGUUGAACCACAUGCCAGCACAAGGCCUUUUCUGUGAAAGGAAUAAGACAAAUUUCUUUAAUGGAAUCUGGCGUAUCCCUGUAGAUGAAAUUGAUCGCCCUGGCAGUUUUGCUUCUCAUAUGAACCGCUCCAUCUUGUUGUUACUGGAAGUAGUAUCACACCUUAAGGACCAGGACACCCUACUGAAAGUUUCGUCGAUGCUCCAGCGGACACCUGACCAGGGAAAGAAGUACCUGCGGGAUGCAGAUCGCCAGGUCCUUGCCAAGCGUGCCUUUAUUCUCACUGUGAAGGUACUAGAGGAUACACUUAACGGACUUACUGGGGUUCAGGAAGAUCCAUAUUCUGCAGUGUCAGUCUCUUUGGUAGGAGAGAUGACAACAGACGUCUCCAACACGCUGAGUGCAGAGGAGAGCAAAGGAGUCCUCCCCAAGAAACCAGCUUUAGCUGAAGGAUGUGUACAAGGUACAGAGCAUGGGACAAAGGACACUUCCAGGAGUCAGUCCCCCCAGGACAUGGACACUGUAGAACAUGGGGACAAAAAUGAUAGGGAGAUGCUUGAAACUCCCCGUCCUGGCUCAGCAGAACCCAUGGAGUUAGAGAGUCACUGCAGCAAUCCUGCAAAGGCAAACACCCCUAUUAAAACCCAAGAAUCUGACAAGGUGCAGCCACCCAGAAUUUCCAAAGACAAAACCAUUGAGAAUCGAACCCCUGAGCUCUCAUUGGAAGAACUGAGCAUAAGCUCUAGACAGCAGGCAGUUAAAGGCACAGCCCAGGGAACAGACAAUGUGGUAAGUGGGACAGGUGAAGCAGUCCACAGACCAAGUCGGAAGAGGAAACUAUUAACAGACGUGGAGUCUGGGAAGACAUUAUUAUUAGACGCAUACCGAGCAUAUCAGCAAGGGCAGAAGGUCGUGACCUAUGACCUCAGCAAGAUUGAGAAGAUUAUGUCAGAGACGUAUAUGCUAAUUAAACAGGUUGAUGAAGAGGUCGCAUUGGAACAAGCUGUGAAAUUCUGCCAGGUUCAGAUGGGAUCUGCAUCACAGCGACAGCAAGUAGGAGAUACUCCAACAACCCCAAAGCACUCUAAAGAUCACAAAGACAUCUUCUUCUCUGCGAUUCCUCCCACAGCCGCACCACCAUGUGUGCCUCCUGACACUGGGACAUCAGAAAACAUCCUCCGGUUGAAUGAUCAGCCAUCAAGACCUAAGCCCACCUCUUCCUCACCAUCUUCAUCUUCAGUACUGCCAACAAACAGCCCUCAAGACACUGAACAGCCCCUCAUUGGAAACACUGAACCUCCGAGCAGCUUGUUGCAUGUAAAACAGGAAGAUGAGGCAGAACCGCCACUUGAAGGAUCAGGUUUCCGACAGCAAGAAUCACACCUUUGUCAGCAGAUGAAAAUGGCUACGGUUGCCCCAUCUCAUGACCCUACUCACUGGAAAACGGAGAAUGCUUUCACACAGCGGGAAUCCUUGGCAGAUCCUCCACGUUCCUCCAGCCAAGCCUCCAGUUCAACACAAGAGGUCACGUCUACUGGUCAUUCUUUAGGAAGCCAACAGUCUACUGUAGACAACAGCCGGAUAAAGUCUCGCAUCCCUCCUAAUAUGCCAAAGUUAUUUAUUCCCUCAUCAGUAGCCAAAUUUCCACCAGAGAUCACAGUGACCCCACCAACACCAACUCUGCUAUCUCCGAAGGGCAGCAUUUCAGAAGAAACCAAACAAAAACUGAAGACCGCUAUUUUGUCUUCUCAGUCAGCAGCCAAUGUGAAAAAAGACACCUUGUGCCAGCCAGCACUAGAGAUCUUGGAAACGUCAAGUCAAGAGUCUUCACUUGAGAGUGACACUGAUGAAGAUGAUGAUUAUAUGGACAUCUGACUCCAGAAACAAAGACCCCAAGAGCACCAACCUUUCCUUGAUAAUGUUUCCAGUCUCCUGUUAUAAACCAUCACAGAUACUGGAACUCAUCAUUCAAAGAAAAUCAUCCAGCCCUGUCCUCUGUAAUAGGAAGCUGGUAGCUACGUACACCGAACACCCAGCCUGCCCUGUUGUUUUGUGCCAAGUAUGCAGUGUUUUAGUUCUUGUUACUGCAGUGCAGAGUUAUGCCUGCCAGCUAAAUGUUACCGUUCGCUUUCCACUUCCUACCCAAAAGCACUUUGUUGUUUGUUUUGGGGCUUUGGGGACUGGUACUGCAGCAAGACAAAUGGUUAUAAACAACCUAAAGCAUGUUUGUGAUAGCACUUAACAGCAGACUUUCUUUAAAAGGCAGUUAUAUAAAAAGUAAUGUGGGGUUGAAUAUGUUAAAUUUAACGAUUGAAGACAUCAUGGGAAAUGGAAAGUGAGAAGGCAGGGUGGAGGGUUGUUACUGAGUGGUAGCUUAUAUUUUAAGCUGCAUAUCGUGGUUGACCCAGAGAACAUAAUAGUUUGCCAGUGAAAAUCUACUGCAUAACAAGAUCAAUUCAGGAACUGUGAGCUACAUCCCUUCAAGCUGUUAAACACAGCAAUCUGCUUUCACGUCAGUAUUGGGAGACCGUUUGAAAGAUUUUUUAUUUACAGGGUUGAAUAUGGUUUAAGGACAGUCUGAAAUUGUUUUAUACAGAGUGUGUGGAGAAUUUUUUUCUAUAUCGAGAUGGAUAUACUCAACAUUGUUUAUAUACAAAAUAUACUGGAAAUAUAAAUUUGUUUUCUACAAGAAGCUAAUACUUUGUAAAUAAUGUAUGCAAAUCUUGAAGAAAAAUAUUGCACACUG